UCCCAUCCCCAAUCCCAUCCCCAAUCCCAUUUCCUUCCCCAUUCCCAUCCCCAAUCCCAUUCCCAUCCCCAGUCCCAUUCCCACCCCCAAUCCCAUCCCCAGUCCCAUUCCCACCCCCAAUCCCAUCCCCAGUCCCAUUCCCGAUCCCAUUCCCAAUCCCAUUUACAUCCCCAAUCCCGUCCCCGAUCCCAUUCCCAAUCCCAUUCCUAUCCCCAAUCCCAAUCCCAUCCCCAUCCCAGCCUCCUCCUACAUCAAGGGUUAA